UUUUGGUCAAAUAUCUUCCAAAUCUCAUCUCAUCUAGCAGCAUCUAAACUAUAGAGUCGUAGACAGGGCUAUAGGUUGUCAAUACACUCAAAUAAUAAAACGCCAGCCAGGCAGUCAGCAAGUGAAGAAACAGAGGAAGGAAAACAGAGAUGGAUAGUCAAGUACAGGAAGCGCAGCCCAUAAAAUCCAGAGUCAUGAAGGUUGAUUCUGUGGAGACUUGGGACUUGUAUGUAACCCAAGCCACCAACCAAGGCUGCCCUAUUGUUGCACACUUUACUGCUUCAUGGUGCAUGCCUUCGGUGGCUAUGAACCCAUUCUUUGAGGAAUUGGCCUCAAGCUAUUCGGAUGUUCUGUUUCUCGCGGUUGAUGUGGAUGAGGUUAAGAAGGUAGCGACUCGACUGGAGAUAAAGGCUAUGCCAACUUUUUUGCUGAUGAGGGAAGGUGCACUGGUCGACAAGCUUGUGGGUGCCAAUCCUGAAGAGAUAAGGAAAUGGAUCGACGGUUUUGUUCAGUCCAUACGUGUUUCUGUUGCGUAGCAGCAGUGUGUGAUAUCACACGGUUUCAAGUUUGAACAUGUAAAAUAAGUGGUUGUGAUGGGUUCUAGCACAGAUAUGUGGAUGAUAAGUUUUUCUUUGGUUUGCUGUAUGGAUGUUGAACUUUGUAAAUGUAACAUUUUCUGCUUGUAAUUCUUUCUGUUCUCAAAUGUCAUCUUACAUGGUGCACCUUUGCUUGUGAUUUUUAAUAAAAAUUCUGACCCCCAAAAGAUAUCA